AUGGGUUUCACAGGACUUGCUCGAUGGAUCAAUGCGCCAACGACUGGGCUUGAGCUAAUAAACCAGAAUAUCAUCCGAAAUCACCACGGUCAAUUCAAAGGAAGAUGGAACCUCAGUGUGCGGUCGUAUCGGUCGACGCUUGGCUCGAUACCAGGUCUUCAAGUUCACUCGGAGCGGUCCAUGUGCGCUCUUACGAUGAAUGAAAAUGUUUUUGUUCUUCUCGAGGAUCCCUCUGCACCCACGCGCGCCGAUAUGCUUGCCAAUGCUCAGCAAGCGGAUUCUCAAGGAGGCGGCGCUGGGCAGGGCACGUCUGCUGUUCAGGGUCCACCGCAUUAUCGAACGACAUUCCUGACCAUCAGACCGCCUGGGGCCCUAGAGCAACUGCUUGCACAAAUACGUGCACGUUGGAUUUCCGUGAGGCAGAGUGGAUCAAAUGCACCUCAAAGAAAUCAGGGGAUGGGACAGCAGCUGGUCAUAGACGGAUAUGUGUUUUCUAUCGGUACUGACUGGUUGGUGCGAGUGGGGAACGUGAUCCUCGCAGGAGGCGUAGUCAAGGGCAUGUUACUUGAGGCUGAAUACCUCCCCCUCCCUGUUUUGCGCUCACAAACCGCUGAUGGCACGUCUGAGUUACUGUCCAAUCUUCUAACAUCGGUACUCCCAAAUAUUCGUGAUGCCAAAACAGUGGCAGUAACUAUUAGUGACUCGCAGUGGGAAGAAGUUUUAUGGGAUCGCGAAGAAGAAGAAAGACAGGACCAAGAAAAACAGAUGGAACAGCAAAGCGGAGAUAGUUCCGAUGAUAUAUAUGUUUCAGGCGACCAAAAUUUACCUACACAGAGACGAGGUGACUGGCUUGGAGUUGAUAGGGAUCGUAGGUCGGCUUUCUUGAUUAUUGGUGCUUUAAAAUCAGAAGGGAUAUUAUAA